AAAUGAAAUCUUUCCCUCCAGGUAGAGGAGUAGUAAACCCUUAAAACUUUUGACCAGGGAUCCUAACGGCUCGCGGCCAAAAUAUAAUUCUUUGACCCCCACAAACCCUAACGGCCUUCCAUUUACUUUGACUUCCCACUUCACUCCACACAAUUGCUUUCUCUCUCUAUCUCUCUCUCUUUAUAGCCGUUAGAGCCUCUGCCCCUCUCUCUCUCUCUCUCUCUCUCUCUCUCUCUCUGUGUAACAAUGGCGAGCGAGUCUUCGUUUGUUUCAGACACGAACACCAGCGCCGUGAAACUCUCUGUUUCUUCUUCGUUGAAGCGGAAAAGGCCCCCCAAGAUUGAGAUCCCAAGUGUCUUGCAGGAAAUCCAAACGGAUAGGUCCGCAUCCCGAGACUCUGCGCCCCAAGACGACGCCGUAUGCCUCGGUGAAAUAGGCGUUGGGGUUUCCUCCGUCAAAGGCAAGAAGAAAUUCAUGGAAGACACCCACAAGAUCCUUCCUUGCUUACAAGGCAAAUCAAACAAAGGGUUUUUUGGUGUUUAUGAUGGGCAUGGAGGCAAUAAAGCUGCGGAGUUUGUGGCGGAGAAUUUGCACACUAACAUUCUCGAAAUGAUGGAGAAUUGUAAAGAACCUACGGCUAAGGAAGAGGCGGUUAAAUCUGGGUACAUUAAAACAGACCAGGAGUUCCUGAAGCAGGGUUUAGGCAGUGGUGCAUGCUGUGUCACAGCCUUGAUUGAAGGGCAGGAGGUUGUUAUUUCAAACGUGGGAGAUUGCAGGGCUGUUCUUUGUAGACGUGGAGUGGCUGAAGCUCUUACAAGAGAUCAUAGAGUGGAACAGGAAGAUGAACGGAAAAGAAUAGAGGAUAAGGGAGGAUAUGUCGAGAUCCAUCGAGGAGCAUGGAGAGUUCAUGGGGUACUUUCUGUUUCUAGAAGCAUAGGAGAUGCACAUCUGAAGGACUGGGUACUGGCUGAGCCUGAUACAAAGAUCUUAAAGCUGACGCCAGACAUGGAAUUUCUUGUCUUGGCUUCUGAUGGACUGUGGGAAGAGGUUGGGAACCAAGAAGCUGUUGAUACUGUCAAACGAUUAUGUCCAGUUGAAAAGAGAUUGGGACCCUCAAGUGAUCUUCAGAAAGAUAAUGAUGAUGGUUAUGGCUGUGUGAAUGUAAGUCCGACUUCAUCGAAGUUACGCAGGAUUUCACUGGUCAAGCAACCGAAAGGGAUGGGUCAGUCUCCGAGCUAUAACAAAACUGUAAAUAGACGGAAAGGUAUCGAAGAUGACUUUGCGAGUGAAAACGAAAGUCCGCCACCGAAGUCACGAAGAAUAUCAUUGGUCAAGCGAGUAAAUAUGAAAACUGAAUCUCCAUCUAAAGAAAACAUUAGCUAUAAAAGGAGACCUCCGCAUGGUGGACUUGUGGCUGCUUGUAAGGAGCUCGUGAACCUUGCUGUGAGCAGGGGUAGCUUGGAUGACAUCACUGUGAUGAUAAUUGAUCUAAACCACUUCAGAUGUAUUCCUGCUUGCUUUUCAUCCGGUGAGAGCCCAGCUGAUGAUCCAGCAACUGUGAUCAGGUCAGGCCAGAGCGUAUCUAUGUCGGUUUAUCGAACGAAGAUUGCCGGUCAGUGUCGUCUGAUCACCAUUACAUGGUGCAAGGACAUGUUACAACAUGGCCUAUCUGUUUCUGUUCGAGAGCUAGAUGGAGAUGAGCAUCAUCGGUGUAAGGUGGAGCUCAAGCCAUGGUAUUUUUGGAGGAAACAAGGCUCCAAGCACUUUAUGGUUGACGGUAAGACAGUCUAUGUGGUUUGGGACCUUAAAGCUGCAAAGUUUAAUGGCGAGACAGAGCCACAAACAGAUUACUAUGUUGCCAUUGUUUGUGAAGAAGAGGUGGUUUUAGCUGUUGGUGAUCUAAAGAAAGAUGCCUUUCGGAAAACUGGGUGUAGGCCGGCUCUUAUCGAGCCCACGUUGGUUUCAAGGAAGGAACAUUUGUUUGGAAAAAAGAAAUUCUCCACAAGGGCUAAAUUUCAAGAGAAAGGUAACAUCCAUGAGCUCUCAAUUGAGUGCAAAAAUGCUGCUAUCAACAGCGACAACUCCUUAGGUGGGUUUGAUCCACAAAUGGAGAUUAGGAUAGAUGGGAAUCUAGCUAUUCAUAUCAAGCAUCUUCAAUGGAAGUUUAGAGGCAACGAGUCCAUCAGUGUAAGCAAAAUCAAAGUAGAAGUCUAUUGGGAUGUCCAUGACUGGCUCUUCAGCUCUGGUACUAGGCAUGGACUAUUCAUAUUUAGACCAAUUUCAUCAUCUGUAUCUCCAUCUCCAUCUCCAUCAACUCCAUCAUCAUCAUUGACAUCAAUGCAAUAUCUGUCAACUCAGGAAGCGAAUCCAGCUACAAGAGAGGAAGAUAAGGCAUGUGGGUCGUCCAGGUUUUCCUUGUUUUUCUAUGCUUGGAGGGUAGAAUGAUCAAUUUGGCUGACUGGGUCCCGAUCUGGUGAUUACCAUGGUGAUCAUCAACAUCAUAAAAACCAUAGCCAUUGCACAGGAGUUGAACAAGGAGAGAUGCGUGUGCAUGAUGUUCAUACAGAAUUUGGGUGCUAGUGUUUAGAUUGAAUACAAGAGAAAGAGAUUGGAAGCUUGGUGAAUGGUGAGCGACACAAGGGCCCGAAGUGAGUUGGUGCUUAGCUACAGCUGGGAUUGAAUAAUAUGGACAUGAUUAGACAGGCCAGAUUGGAUCACAUAUAUCUUGCCUAAUAGUUGGUAUUGGCAAAAGGUGACUGAAGCACCACCCCCACAACACAACAACAUGUGCAUAUGUGUGUGAUGCAUAUGGGAUAAGCCCCAUGUUUCUUCAUUAAUUUUGUUUAUAAAUGUUAUCCACGAUUGGACGUUUAUAGUUCCCAUUGUUCCUUAAAGCAAUUGAUGUUACC